AUGGCUACUAUCAUUUCAUCCGAGGCACCACGCAAUGCUCUUAUCAUUGGAGCGAAACAAGGCAUCGGCUUAAACUUGUCCAAGAAACUACACGAAAGAGGCUGGCAUGUCUUUGCGACCGUGAGAUCCUUGGACAAGGACAAGGCAAGCAUUGAAGAGGUAUCAUUUCUCAUGUUGCGUCGAAUUUUCCAGGUUGAUGUCAAACAAGAGGAGACUAUCAAGGUUGCUGCCGAGAGCUUUGGGACACGUGCACUUGACCUUCUUGUUGUCUGCGCAGGCGUUGGACCAAACCCUAUUGACAUGUGGGAGCACUCGGCCGAGAUUCUCAUGGAAAAGUUCCAGGUCAACACGGUGGGGCCAUUUUUGGCAGUCAAAUAUUUCCGAGAUGCGCUCCAGCGCGCCACCGCGGGCAAAGUGAUAACCAUUUCAUCAAACUUGGCUUCAUUGUCCAGCACUCAAGACAAUCGCCGCGGGGGCUCGAUCGGGUAUCGUCUUUCUAAGACGGCUCUCAACCAGCUCACUGUGUCGCUCUCUCGGACCUUUUCUUUUGAGCAAACAAGUAUCACCGUGCAUGCCAUUCACCCCGGGUGGAUCCCCACUACAAUGACGGGCUUCACUGGGCCGGACGAUAUGGAAACGCAAAUCUCAUUGAUGGUUGAUACUAUAGAAAAGCUAGGACCCAACGACAGCGGUCGCUUCCUCAUGGCUGAUGGGGAAGACUUCCCAUGGUGA